GCAAUUGUUGAUCUUGCAUAGAACCACAGAGUAAUUUCAUUUGUCAAACGCAACAGUCAAGCAAUCAUGGUACAAAAGUUGAUAAUUCUCAGCGCUUUGGUGGCCGUCGCUAGCGCCGUCGCUAUCCUGCCAUCACCCGGUUAUCCCGGUCUUGCAUUACCCGGUCUGCCCGGUUUACCAGGUCUGCCGAAACUAGCUCUGCCUGCAUUGCCCGCGAUUACAAAGAUUGCCGCGCCAUUGGCUGUCGCAAAGGUGGCUGCACCAGAGCCAUACGAUCCAAAUCCACAAUACAGUUUCAGCUAUGAUGUACAUGAUGGCUCCACUGGCGAUGUAAAGAGUCAACAGGAACAACGUAGCGGUGAUGUGGUGCAGGGCGCCUACUCUCUCAUCGAACCUGAUGGUACUCGCCGCGUCGUCGAAUACACCGCCGAUCCCGUUAAUGGCUUCAACGCUAUCGUUCGUCGUGAACCAAUCGCCGUUAAAGCUGUAGCGCCAAUUGCCAAAGUACUCGCUCCAGCACCACUGUUGCCCGCUCCAGUAAUAGCCAAGGCCAUACCAGCCAUUGGUGCUAUUCCAGCUUUGCCCGCACUUCCAGCAUUGCCUGCGCUUGCUCGUCCUUCUUAUGCUGCUCCACUGUCCUACCUCCACGGUUAAGUUUCUAGCCUCAGAAAUGGUAACCUCUUCGAUAACAACACCAACAACAACAACAACGACAUCCAUAGCAAUACAACUACACUUAGUCAAUUCACAUAUGAGAGAAAAUAAUGUGAAGCAUUUGCCGUUGCCGACCUCUUGCCGCUGCCAUCACCAUGCCAUGAAUGAAUGUAUGAACAAACGAACGACGAAUGGAUGACGAUAACAGCUUACUACAACAAACAACAUUACUAGCCCUCUGCAAGCCAACAAAAACCAAACAAACAAGCAAACAAACAGACAAAUCAAGCAAACAACAACAAGAAGAGAGAAAAAGCAGAAGCAUGUUUCUUUGCUUGCCCUUCGAAGCCGUUCUAGGUGGCUCGAGAUUGCCGCGCCGCCGCAGCUUAACUCAAAUUCUCGAGGAUUAGCCAAUAUAAUGACAUUUUCGUGCAGCAAAGUGUUUGAGUGCAGAUUUGAAGUGUUCACGCAUGGCAGCAGACGGAAUUCUACUGUACAUAUACGAAUUAACAACAACAACAAAAA